GCCGGGAGGGACACCGCCCCGCGGCGGGCAGGGGAGCUCACCCACCGUCGCGUUCUUCCGCAGGGCGCGCAGCCGGGCGCGGGGUGGCCCCGGUGGUUCCGGGGCCCUGGUGAUGAGGGCACGGAGCAGGGAGGGCUGAAGCCGGCGGCGGCGAGGCGGCGAUCAUGACGGUGUUCAGGCAGGAGAACCUGGAGGAGCACUACGAGACGGGAGAAGACCUCGGCAGUGGGCAGUUUGCUGUAGUGAAAAAAUGCCGUGAGAAAAGCACUGGCCAGCAGUUUGCAGCAAAAUUCAUCAAGAAACGAAGAACGAAAUCCAGCCGGCGCGGAGUGAGCCGGGAAGAUAUCGAGCGAGAAGUCUGCAUACUAAAAGAGAUUCGACAUCCUAAUGUGAUCACCCUGCAUGAUGUUUAUGAGAACAAAACAGAUGUCAUUCUUAUUCUGGAACUUGUUGCAGGUGGAGAGCUCUUCGACUUCUUAGCUGAGAAAGAAUCUCUCACGGAGGAGGAAGCCACAGAAUUUCUCAAACAGAUACUUAAUGGUGUUCAGUAUCUCCACUCUCUGCAAAUUGCCCACUUUGAUCUUAAGCCUGAAAACAUAAUGUUGUUGGACAGGAAUGUACCAAAGCCUCGAAUCAAGAUUAUUGAUUUUGGUUUAGCACAUAAAAUAGACUUUGGAAAUGAAUUCAAAAAUAUCUUCGGAACGCCAGAGUUUGUUGCUCCUGAAAUAGUAAAUUAUGAGCCUCUUGGUCUUGAAGCAGAUAUGUGGAGCAUUGGUGUAAUAACUUAUAUUCUACUAAGUGGUGCAUCACCAUUUCUUGGAGAAACCAAACAGGAAACAUUAGCAAAUGUGUCUGCUGUGAAUUAUGAAUUUGAAGAAGAGUUCUUCAGUAAUACCAGUGCCCUAGCUAAAGAUUUUAUACAAAGACUUCUAGUAAAGGAUCCAAAGAAGAGAAUGACUAUUCAAGAUAGUUUGCUGCAUCCUUGGAUCAAGCCUAAAGACACCCAGCAAGCACUUAGUAGAAAAGCAUCUGCAGUGAAUAUGGAGAAAUUCAAAAAGUUUGCAGCACGACGAAAAUGGAAAGGAAACGUCAGUGCCUCUAGGAGUGAAGAAGGAGGAAGAAGAAACCCAUUCCUCUGUCAUUUGGAGUAUGGUAGUAUGGGAGAAGACUUCUUUCAAUCGGUGCGCUUAAUAUCCUUGUGCCAAAGAUUAUCGAGAUCUUUCUUGUCCAGAAGUAACAUGAGUGUCGCUAGAAGUGAUGAUACUCUGGAUGAGGAAGAUUCUUUUGUAAUGAAAGCUAUUAUUCAUGCCAUCAAUGAUGACAAUUUUCCUGGAUUACAGCACCUUCUGGGAUCUCUGACAAAUUACGAUGUCAAUCAACCCAACAAGCAUGGAACACCUCCGCUACUGAUUGCUGCUGGCUGUGGAAACAUUCAGAUGCUUCGGUUGCUUUUAAAGCACGGAUCCCGUAUUGAUGUUCAAGAUAAGGCUGGAUCCAAUGCGAUCUAUUGGGCUUCUCGACAUGGUCAUGUAGAAACACUGAAAUUUCUUGACGAUAAUAAAUGUCCUUUGGAUGUUAAGGAUAAGUCUGGGGAGACCUCUCUCCAUGUCGCAGCUCGGUAUGGGCAUGUGGAUGUGGUUCAGUUUCUCUGUAGCACUGGAUCCAAUCCAGACUUUCAAGACAAGGAGGAAGAAACCCCACUGCAUUGUGCUGCUUGGCAUGGCUACUACUCUGUUGCCAGAGCACUCUGUGAAGCAGGUUGCAAUGUGAACAUUAAAAACAAAGAGGGGGAGACUCCGCUUCUGACAGCAUCUGCUAGAGGUUACCAUGAUAUUGUGGAAUGCUUGGCAGAACAUGGGGCUGAUCUUCAUGCAACAGACAAGGAUGGUCAUAUAGCCUUACACCUUGCUGUGAGAAGAUGUCAAAUAGAAGUAGUUAAAACUCUCAUCAGUCAAGGAUGUUUUGUAGAUUUUCAAGACAGACAUGGCAACACUCCCCUGCAUGUGGCCUGCAAAGAUGGGAAUGUUCCUAUUGUGAUGGCACUCUGUGAAGCGAAUUGUAAUUUGGAUGUCUCUAAUAAGUAUGGAAGAACACCUUUACAUCUGGCAGCAAACAAUGGCAUUCUUGAUGUUGUCCGAUUCCUGUGUCUUACUGGUGCCAACGUAGAAGCUUUAACUUCUGAUGGGAAAACAGCAGAAGAUCUUGCCAGAGCAGAGCAGCAUGAACAUGUAGCCAGUCUGCUUGCAAGACUUAAAAAGGAUACUCACCGGGGAAUUUUCAUCCAGCAACUGCGGCACACACAGAAUCCACAGCCCCGGAUCAAACUGAAGUUGUUUGGACACUCAGGUGCUGGGAAAACAACCCUCGUGGAGUCUCUCAAGUGUGGCCUGAUACGAAGCUUUUUCCGAAGACGAAGGCCUAGGCUCUCCUCCACAAACUCAACAAGAUUCCCUCCGUCUCCUUUGUCAUCCAAACCUUCAGUUUCAGUAAGUAUUACAAAUCUUUAUCCUGGUUGUGAGAAUGUCAGUGUGAGAAGCCGUAGUAUGAUGUUUGAGCCAGGCCUGACCAAAGGAGUAUUAGAAGCUUUCGUUUCACCUGCUCAUCACUCUCAUUUCUCUGCUGAUGACCAGUCCACCAAGGCCAUUGAUAUUCAGAAUGCCUAUUUGCACGGAGUUGGUGAUUUCAGCAUCUGGGAGUUUUCUGGGAAUCCUGUGUACUUCUGCUGUUACGAUUAUUUUGCUGCAAAUGAUCCCACAGCAAUUCACGUAGUGCUUUUUAGUCUUGAGGAGCCUUAUGAAAUCCAGUUAAACCAAGUGACCUUUUGGCUCAGUUUACUGAAAUCAUUAGUCCCAGUUGAGGAGCCAAUAGCAUUCGCUGGAAAGCUGAAAAGUCCCCUGCGUGUUGUUCUGGUCGCCACACAUGCUGACAUAGUGAAUCUUCCUCGGCCUGCUGGGGGAGAGUUUUGGUAUGACAAAGACUUGUCAUUGUUGAAAGAAAUCAGGAACAGAUUUGGAAAUGAUCUUCAAAUUUCAGAAAAGUUAUUUGUGUUGGAUGCUGGAGCAUCUGGGUCUAAAGAUAUGAAGCUUCUUCGAAAUCACUUACAAGAAAUAAGAAGCCAGAUAAUUUCUACUUGCCCACCUAUGACUCAUCUCUGUGAAAAAAUAAUCUCCACACUGCCUUCAUGGAGGAAAAUGAAUGGACCUAACCAGCUGAUGUCGUUGCAGCAGUUUGUAUACGAUGUACAGGAACAUCUUAAUCCCCUAGCAAGUGAAGAUGACCUACGGCAUAUUGCACAGCAGUUGCAUAGCAUAGGAGAAAUUAACAUUAUGCAGAGUGAAACUGUCCAAGAUGUUGUGCUUCUGGAUCCCCGCUGGCUCUGUUCAAAUGUCCUUGGAAAAAUCCUGUCAGUGGAGAACCCAAAAGCCCUCCAUCACUAUAGAGGUCGGUACACUCUAGAGGAUAUCCAGCGUCUGGUGACAGAUAGUGAUGUGGAAGAACUGAUACAGAUUUUGGAUGCCAUGGAUAUUUGUGCAAGGGACCUUAGCAGUGGAGCAAUGGUGGAUAUUCCUGCUCUCAUAAAGACUGACAAUCUCCACAGGUCUUGGACAGAUGAGGAGGAUGAGGUGCUGAUUUAUGGUGGUGUUAGAAUCGUUCCUGUGGAACAUCUUACCCCAUUUCCUUGUGGAAUUUUUCAUAAAGUUCAGGUGAAUCUCUGCAGGUGGGUUCAUCAGCAAAGCACAGAGGGAGACGCAGAUAUACGUCUGUGGGUAAAUGGAUCAAAGAUUAUGAAUCGUGGAGCUGAGCUUUUAGUGCUGCUGGUCAACCAUGGUCAGGGUAUAGAGGUUCAAGUUAGAGGACUGGAAACAGAGAAGAUCAAGUGCUGUUUACUUCUGGAUUCUGUAUGCAGCACCAUUGAUAAUUUAAUGGCCACAACUUUACCAGGCCUUUUGACUGGGAAAUACUACCUUAGUCCUCAGCAGCUGAGGGAACAUCAUGAACCAGUAAUGGUCUACCAGCCUAGAGACUUUUUCCGUGCACAGAGUCAAAAAGAGACAUCACUAACUAACACUAUGGGGGGAUAUAAAGAGAGCUUUAGCAGUAUACUGUGUUUUGGGUGUCUUGAUGUCUACUCCCAGGGAAGCUUAGGAAUGGAUAUUCAUGUUUCUGAUCUGAAUCUACUUACCAGGAGAAAACUAAGUCGACUUUUGGAUCCACCUGAUCCUAUGGGGAAAGAUUGGUGCCUUCUGGCCAUGAACCUGGGCCUCCCUGAUCUUGUUGCAAAGUACAAUACAAAUAAUGGAACACAAAAUGACUUUAUCUCAAGCCCAGUCCAUGCUCUUCUGCAGGAGUGGAGUAAUGCUCCUGAGAGCACUGUAGGUAUCCUAAUGUCUAAGCUGAGGGAAUUAGGUCGCAGAGAUGCAGCAGAUUUUUUACUGAAGGCAUCUUCUGUAUUCAAAAUAAAUUUAGAUGCUAAUGGUCCAGAAGCUUAUGCUUCUAGUUGCAACAGUGGCACUUCUUAUAACUCAAUUAGCUCUGUAGUGUCACGGUAAGAGCAGGUGUUUUGCAUGGACAUACUCUCAAACUGCAGAAGGGAUAAAAGAUACAGUACAAAAGUUUCUGUGCAUUUUAAUUUAUGAGGUUUUACAUCAAAGGAUCUUUAUCCUUCUCCAGCACCACCUUUUGUGCAUAAACUUUCUAACUGUGAAUUGUUGCUCUUUAUCUAUUAAAAAGGCUGGUGUACUUCUGGUGUUACAAAAUUAUUCCUCAUACAUAAUGUGCUGCUUAAUACUGCCAUCUUAACUGGAAAGUGUUCACUUUUAUGUACUGCAAAUGUUUUAUAAAAUACUUCAAUUCUCCCCAUAACAGGUAGGCGGAGAGGAAUAGCACAUAUUACCUGAAAUGUGUAUUUCUUACACAUUCCCUUUUUUUCUUCUUAAUUCUCAUCGUGUCCUCUGCUUAACAUUUUCUUGUAUUUGUAAGGAGAGAAAUCCACCAUUUGUGGUCAAUCUGACUGAACUUUAAACCAUUUUAUUGUUUAUAGCUGAUAAAGUGAGUGCCUUUUGCAGAAGGGAGGGUGCAGUUGAUUUGAAUGACCCUGCUGGAGUUACAAGAACAUGCUACCUCUGUUUCACUUAAAUCGUCUGCAUGCUUAUCAUUGCAAGUGGUGCUUGCCUUUUAAUUUUUCCUGCACUUCUAAGACAUUGGUGAUAACUCACGCAUUCUUGUGCCAGUACUAUGGGUAUAGACAUGUGAUACCUAAUCAACUUCAAUUACAGUCAAAUCAUAAUGUGAAAAGCUCUUAAACUUGCCAAUUACCAUGCUUCAUUAUUUCCAUGCACCUCAGGUAAAAGUUUGCUUUUCAUUAUAGAGUUCAAAAAACACAAGUGUUGGUUACUGCGGAAAAAUAUUGUAGAGCUGUCAGUCGUAAUUUGUGUAUAACAAAGGUUUUCUACUAUUAGAUCCUGCAUUACUUUACUUCCUGUACUUGAAAACUUUGAUGGGGAUAAAAAUAAAAAGGAAGCAAGGUUUCUUGCAGUUAUAACUUUAAAAUUGAUAUGAGGGAAUAUGACCCAUUUUCUGUUUUAAAAAGCAUGUAAUUUAAUGGUGCAAUGUGUGUUUGUUUAUAUAUAUUGUAUGUACAUACAUUAAUACUAUUUUUUCCUUAAUCUUACAAUGUAGUAAAAUUUUAAAGGAUUUUUCUACAAAUAAACUGUUGCUUGUUGCA